AUGGCUACAGUAAAAGAAGUUGGCAAAUCUGCCACUUCUCCAUCGUCGCUCGCUUCGUCAUCGAGCUCACCCCCUUCAAGCUUAGCCGAUAACCCAUCAGUUAUCGCCCUCAGAAACUACCUUGCAUUACCAAUUGUCUCCUCGUUUGUAGCUGGAGGGGUGGCAGGCGCAGUAUCUCGUACUGUGGUUUCACCUUUAGAACGAAUGAAGAUUAUUUUUCAGGUACAAGGGCCUGGUUCACAGUCAUAUCAAGGAGUUGGACCCACGCUGGCUAAGAUGUGGCGUGAAGAAGGAUGGCGUGGAUUCAUGAGAGGUAAUGGAAUCAACUGUGUACGCAUUGUGCCAUACUCGGCUGUUCAAUUCUCUUCAUACACAAUCUACAAGAAUUUUCUUUUGUCGAGAACUCCGUCGUCAAAGCGUGUCGAUCUAGACACUUUAGAAAGACUGGGAGCUGGUGCCCUGGCUGGUAUUACGUCUGUUGUGGCCACAUAUCCCCUAGACAUUGUUCGGACCAGACUCUCUAUUCAAACAGCGUCUUUAAAGCCUUUGAAAGUGUCAGGAUCACAAGUCCAUGCACAAAAACCAUUAGGAAUGUGGUCGGUUAUGAGUGACAUGUAUAAAACGGAGGGAGGAUUUCGCGCUCUAUAUCGAGGCUUAAUACCAACCACCAUGGGCGUUGCACCAUAUGUCGGCUUGAACUUUGCCGUAUACGAAUCGAUGAGAGAGUACGUGACGCCCAAGGGUGAAAAGAACCCAUCUGCUCUGGGAAAGCUGUUUGCCGGUGCUGUAUCGGGUGCUGUUGCACAAACCAUUACAUACCCAUUCGACGUUCUAAGGCGAAGAUUCCAGGUGGUGUCAAUGGGAGCAGGUCAGCUGGGAUUCCAGUACACAUCGGUGUGGGACGCCAUCUCAAGCAUUGUCAAGCAGGAGGGAAUCAGAGGCAUCUACAAGGGACUCUCUGCUAAUUUAUUAAAAGUAGCGCCAUCCAUGGCCAGCAGUUGGCUCAGCUACGAAUACACUAAGGAACUACUCAAAUACUGA